UUUGAAAAAAGGUGAAAGUUUGGAAAACCGAAAAAACAAAGAUGGAUUGCCAGAUCAUACACACACGGAUCCACACAAGCUUAAAGCAGUCAAAACAGAAAAAAGAGAAGCAAGUUGGUAGCUGCUCUGAGCCCAGCAAGAGGCCGUUAAGGCAGUGAAGAUUGGAGUGGUAUGCAGUCGCAGGAAGCUCCAGCAUACUGAAUCCAUCUGCCCCUGCAUUGCACUCCAUCGACAUUCGACCAGGAAUCAGUGGGAGUGGAGGAUGCACCAUGGGCAGCAGCUGCCGUACCACCUGAGCAACACGGUGAUCGGCUACCUCAACCUGCUCACGCUGCUCGCCUCCAUCCCCAUCAUCGGCGCCGGCCUCUGGCUGGCGCACGCCGCCUCCGCGGCCCCGGGCCCGACGUGCCAGUCCGCGCUGCAGGCCCCGCUCCUCGCCGUCGGCUUCGUGGCCUUCCUCGUCUCGCUCCCGGGCUUCGUCGGCGCGCGCUACCACGUCUCCUGGGCGCUCUGGCUCUACCUGGCCGCCGUGCUCCUGCUCGUGCUCUUCCUCCUCGGCGCCACCGUGUUCGGCCUCGCCGUCACGGCGGGCGGCGGCGGCAGGAUGGUGCCCGGGCGGCCGUACCGCGAGUACCGGAUGCGGGACUACUCGCCCUGGCUGCGGUCCCACGUGGCCGCCGACCGGUACUGGCGCCCGGCGCUGGCGUGCGUGGCCAGCUCCAGGGCGUGCCCCAAGGUGGCCGGAUGGACGCCCGACGACUACAUGCGCCGCGACCUCACCCCCGUCCAGUCCGGCUGCUGCAAGCCGCCCACGUCCUGCGUCUACGGCGACGGUGCCGGGUCGGGCCCGGCGGUGGUGGCGGUGCAGGACGAGGACUGCUUCCGGUGGCAGAACGACCCGGCGGUGCUCUGCUACGGCUGCGAGUCGUGCAGGGCCGGCGUCAUGGAGCAGCUGCGCCGGCACUGGCACAACGUCACCGUCGUCAACGCCGUGCUGCUGCUGCUGCUCAUCGCCGUCUGCUCCUGCGGAUGCUGCGCCUUCCGCAACGCACGGCGCGCCGAGUACGCCUACGGCGGGCGCAUGUCCAAGAUCCACCCGCGAUGGGAUUACUUCUGGUCAAGGUGGUGGCGUGGGCACAGAGAACAAAUCUAUUAAGGAACUGGAGCCUUCUCCUUGCUUCACAUGGUGUGUGAUGGUUCCCACGGAAAGGGGGGCUUGUUGCUUUGGAACUUGUAUGAAGAAAUAAUUUCCAAGUGUUUUUGUUCUAUAAACUACUAGUAGCAUUAGACAGAUACUAGUUUGCUCCACAUGUAUGUAGCACAUAUCAAGUAAGCUAGUACGUUAUUUUUUUAAUACUUUCUUCCAUUGUGAUUGUGAUUACGUGUGUCGUGUAUUUAAUUCUUAUCGCACAUCUUGAAAAAUCCAAUUUGCCUGAGUUGGGAAGAAAGGAAAAUGAAAAAAACAAUUUGAUUGAGUUGUGGGAAAA